AUGACAUCUUCGAACCAAAUACCGAACCUCAAGACACUGCUCGGACCCGCCCGCGGCGGAGGUCUGAGAGGCAGAGGACGCGGCAGGGGCGGACCUGGUGGGUUGGGCGACGAAGUGCGAGACAAUGCUGUCCGAGGGACCGACCAAGACGCCGCGGGGAGCAGGGUGAGCUGCGUAGAGCUGGGCUACCUGCGCGACCCGUACGCGAGGCUGUUUGCAACACAGGCCUCGACAAGGAGACUGCCGCUGCUGAACAGAGGCUCCUACGUCCGCACCUCUGCAAUCGACCUGCUUGUCACCCAGUUCCUCCUCACCUACCCUUCCUCUGCGAAACAGAUUGUGUCGCUCGGUGCUGGCACCGACACACGCUUCUUCCGUCUCCUCGACGCCUACCCGGACAUACGCCUAAUCUACCACGAGAUCGACUUCCCCUCCAACACACUGCCCAAGAUCGCCUGCAUACAGCGCCAGCCGACGCUCCAUCGCAAAUUGCUCCAGAUACCCAAAACAUCGCAUUCAUUCCAUUCGGCGACAUACAACAUCCAUGCGCUCGACUUGCGCACUCUGGCCAGCCCCUCACACGGGGCGCCACUGCCAGAGCUUCCGAACCUUGACCCUACCAUACCCACCUUAAUACUGUCUGAGAUGUGUCUAGUAUACCUGCAACCGCAGACAGUGCAAGGCAUAGUCUCUGUCUUCACCACGCACUACCUCCAGCCCACUACACCUGCAUCGCUCGUGCUCUACGAACCGAUCUUGCCCCAGGAUGCCUUUGGCAGGACCAUGAUAUCCAAUCUGCAGACACGCAACAUACACCUUCCCACGCUCACCUCUUAUCCCGAACUCGGCGAUCAACGAGCACGGCUGAGUGGCUAUGGCUUCAAGGACGGUACAAAGGCCGCGGACACAGACUUUAUAUGGAAGCAUUGGAUAUCCUCAGAUGAGAAGGAGCGCGUCGCAGGACUUGAGAUGCUGGACGAGCUGGAGGAGCUAGAGCUCCUGCUCAAGCAUUACUGCUUUGCCUGGGGAUGGAGAGACGGAGAGAAUAACAAAGACACGUGCACAAUGGCUUUCAACCGCGCGAACCAGCCGAGCUUCAAUCUCUUCACUGGGGUUGAACAGUCGCCGCCGCCGCCAGAGCCAAUGCGCCAAACCUUCCGCAACACGUUGCGCGCCUCGACAAUGACGAAUGCGCCGCACACGGUCGUCCCCGACAACCCCGUCAACGAAGAUCUGCGCGCGCAGCUGAACGCACUACGAUAUGAGCUCGAGACAGCAAAGCAGGAGAAGGCCAUGCUCAAGGUCGAGCUCGACCAGGAGAUUAGAGACGCACAGAGCCGCGCCGAAACCGAGUUCCGCAAGGCGCAACAGGCAGAGACCGCGAAUGUCCAGACGGCGAACAAGUACGAGGCGCUGUCCAAGGAAAUGACCGAGGUGCGAACGCGUGCCGAGAACGAGCGACGAGAUCUCGAGAGGCGGCUGCGGCAGAGUCAAGAGAAGGCGCAAUCGUUGCAGGAGGACUGUGAUGAGGCCAGGGAGGACCUGGCAUCGUCGCAACGGCAGAGCGAGCACAGAUACAACAACCUGCAGGCUGAACACCAGCGGCUGAAGGACAGCAUCGAGGAGGUCCAGACCGACCUGGUGUCCAAAGUCAGUGCGCUGCAGGCGGCGCAGAAGAAGCUGGGGGAGCGGGAAGAGGAGGUCGGGCAGCUCGAGGCCGAAGUCCUGCGACUCAAGGCUAUCACAGGAGAUGCCGAGACCCUUACUAUCAUCAAGAGGGAGCUCUCCGAUCAGGUUGCGCAUAUCCAGAAGCUGGAGGCUUUGACACGCGAGCAAAAUACCGAGCUCAGGAACUUCAAGAAGCAGCACAAGGCCAUUGAGGUUGUCGAAGAGGAGAAGCGCACACUGCAAACGAAGCUGGGGAUGAUGGACGACCUGCAGAGACAGCUAGGAGAAGCUGAGUUGCGAAAGCAGAUUCUCGAGGAGGAGCGCGACUCGUGGACUUCGUAUCUCGAAUCUGAGGCCAAUGAGAACGGACAGCAACAGUUUGAGACGCCCGAGGAUCUUGCGCGAGCCUUCAUCCAGGAGCGGAUAGAUAAGGCGGACCUCCUGAACAAGCUGGGCGAGAUCAAACCCGAACUGACUGUAAAGGAGGCCAACAUCCAGGCGUUAGAGGACGAGAAAGCCAAGUUGCAAGCUCAGAUCCAGCAGCUCAAAAGUUCUGCGACAACGACCAGCGCACCCAGCGCGAAGGAGGCACAAGCUCGCGCGAGGCUCGAACGUCAAAAGGCGUUGGCAACGAAAGAGGUGGAAUUCCUGCGCGCCCAAGUCAAGGCCUUCGACGACGAAGAGCGCGAGAUGCAGCCAGACUCCUACGACGCAGCAAAGUCUCAACGGAUAGCAGAGCUCGAGGCUCUCGUCGAUGAACACCGCAAGGAGCUCGACGCGCUCCAAAAAGAGUUCGCCAGCAUCGAAAAGCUCGAUCCUACAGCGACACCCAUCACGGGUCAAAAGCGCCCUCUGCCCACGGACGAAACCGACGAGCGCGUCGGCGAACUGCGCCGCAAGAACCGACAGCUCACCGACGACCUCUCCGAGCUGGAGAAGAAACUCAAGCUCAUCCAAACCGAAUACAAAGCGCAGCACUCGCAACUCAAGAAACUCAAAGAAAGCACACGCACCCGCGUCCUUGAGCUCAAGUCCAACCCCACCGCCGACGCAGAGGCGCUCAAGCUGUCCACCGUCCGCACACUCCGCGCCGCAAACACCCAGCUCCUCGCACAGCUCGAGGCCCAGACACCACCGCCAAAGUCGGUGCCCUUCGCCACCUUCGAAGCAGCACAAGAUGAGAUGGAGGAGCUGCGGCACUCGCUCGCCUCGUCCGAGAAGAAGCAGACACGCCUCAAGCAGAUUUGGGCCGCCAAAUCCCUCGAGUUCCGCGAAGCCGUGGCCUCAAUCUUGGGGUGGAAACUUGAUUUCAUGCCCAACGGGCGUGUCAAAGUUACCUCGAUGUUCAAGCCCGCGGAUGACGAGGGCGAGAACAGCAUCGUGUUUGAUGGCGAGAACGGCACCAUGAAGGUCAGUGGCGGCGAGCAGAGUGUGUUUGCGGGCGAGAUCAGGGAUCAGAUUGUCUACUGGGUCGAGGGAAGAAAGGAGAUUCCGUGUUUCCUUGCGGCGCUGACGCUGGAGUUUUGGGAGCGCGGGCCCGGCGCGGAGAUGACUAUGAAGCUGUGA